ACCGUAGCCUCCAUGGAAGAAGGUGUGCGCUCCCAACAUUCGACAAUCGUUCGUCAUUCACUUUUCACGAUUUGUUUUAAUGUUUUUACAACGUCAAUGUUCAUAGCAUUUCGCAAGGAUUUACCUCAUGGUCCGAUUUCGAUAGUGGCUAUUGAUGAUGAUGAUCUUUCAUCCGUUCCAGGAUUCAUGUACUCAAUUCAGGUCUCAAGGCUGUCUUUGCGGAAGGACUUCUUGGGUAUUGAUUCUGAUGGAAGAAUGUACUGGGGAUGCCCAGAAACAAGCCCACUUCAUGGGGUAGUUGUACAUCUGAUCAUCUUAAAAAUCAUCCACAAUCGGAAUCUUCUAGCUCAUGGCAUACACUAAAUAGAUGAGAAAUAAGCAGUCUUGUUGAUUAUCUGAGAAGAAACGAUCCUGAAUAAACAGAAUUGAGAGAUUCUAUCUUGGGUG